UUCUUACAACACAACCAAAAUAAUAACAAUAAUGCUUUCCAUCAAGAGACAGGCGCUUGCCAACGCCGGCCGCAUUCUGUCGCGCCCUCACAUCCUGGCCAACAUCUCCUCAGCUUCAGUCGCGCAUACCACAGCAAGCUCGUCAAGUCUUCUGACGAGGCAUCAAGGCAUUAAAUCCGGUGAUAAACUUCUGAUCGGCGGCUUUGGUCUCUGCGGCAUCCCCGAGAACCUCUCAAGGCUGUUGCUCGCCAGCCAUCAGAUCAAGCGUAUGGUUUCCAGCUAUGUCGGCGAGAACAAGGAGUUUGUCCGGCAGUAUCUUGGUGGCGAGCUCGAGGUUGAACUUGUUCCCCAGGGCACUCUUGCCGAGCGCCCUCGUGAGACCAAGGUGUUUGGCGGCAGAAAGUACGUCAUGGAGGAGGGUAUCACCGGUGACUUUGCCUUGGUCAAGGCGUGGAAAGGAGACGAGCUGGGUAACUUGGUGUUAAGUAUCGGUAACAACUUCAACGCACCCAUGGCUACUGCCGGUAAGAUCACCAUUGCCGAGGUUGAGGAGCUUGUUCCCGUUGGCGAGCUUAAGCCCGACGAGAUUCACAUCCAAGGCAUCCAUGUCCACCGCAUUCUCAAGGGUGAGGUUUACGAGAAGCCUGACUCUCCGCCGCUCGGAUGCGAGGAGCAGGAGCUUUCAGGAUCGAUGAAGAAGCGUAUCCAUAUCAUCAAGCGCGCUGCCCGCGAGUUCAAGAACGGCAUGUACGUCAACCUGGGCAUUGGUAUGCCGGUUCUUGCCAGCAACUACAUUGCCCCUGAUAUCACCGUUCAUCUCCAGAGUGAGAACGGUAUUCUUGGCAUGGGCCCCUUCCCGACCGCCGAGGAAGUCGACGCCGAUCUUGUCAAUGCCGGCAAGGAGUCCGUCACUGUUCUGCCCGGUGGUACUUGUUUCUCCAGCGAUGUAUCCUUCGGCAUGAUCCGCGGUAACCAUAUUGAUAUGACCAUCCUCGGUGGCAUGCAGGUUUCUCACAGAGGUGAUCUGUCCAAUGGGUUGUCCCCGGAAAGGUCAUUAAGGGAAUGGGCGUCCCGCGUUGUUGUCACCAUGACUCACAAUGCCAAGGACGAAACAUUGCCGCUCACCGGUGCCAAUUGUGUUGACCGCAUCAUCACUGACAAGUGCGUGUUUGAUGUUGUUCCCGGAAAGGGUCUUUUGCUGCGCGAGCUGUCCUACGGCUAUACCGUUGAGGAUAUCAAGGCGUGCACCGCUUGUGAUUUCGAGGUUGCCUCAGACGUUGCCGAGACCUACUAAAUACAAAAUAGAAACUUACACGUGAUAUA